AUGCAAUCAAGAGUGACUCUGUUCAUCGUGGAGAAGUUCAUGUUUUUAGCAUUUCUUGAUCUUCUGUUAGCUUUCCUAUUGAUGUCUCAGCCCGCCAUUUGUUCCAGCAACUUCACUGAUCAAGAUGCUCUCCUCCACUUCAAAUCAGCGAUCGAAGUCGACCCGACGAACACGAUCAAACGCGGCAAUUGGACUGCCGAAGCAAAUUUCUGCGAAUGGAUCGGGGUCGUCUGCAGCAAGCGCAGGCAGAGAGUCACGGCUUUAGACCUCCGUGGCAUGGGUCUCCAGGGAAGACUGUCUCCUUACCUGGGCAAUCUCUCUUUCAUGGUUUCUCUUGAUCUUCGCAACAACAGUUUCUACGGCACGAUUCCGACAGAAAUCGGUCGUUUACGCCGCCUGAAAGUGCUCGUACUCGAUUCAAACCAGUUUGAAGGAAACAUUCCUCCUAACUUAGCCCAGUGCCGAAAUCUCGAAGUGAUGACACUCGCGGAUAACAGGCUAACGGGCAGCAUACCGAGAGAAUUUGGCACCUUCCCUAAGUUGCAACAACUGUUUCUUAGCCUCAACCCCUUACGGGGUCAAAUUCCGAGCUUCCUGGGCAACAUAUCCACAUUGCAGGUCAUUGCUCUGGCCGAGGCUAAUCUCACAGGUUCGAUUCCUCCGACACUUUUCAAUGGAUCGCUCACUAUUGUCGACUUCGGGUCUAAUGAUCUCUCGGGAAGUCUUCCCUCCGAUCUUUGCAACCGCUGGCCUAACAUUCAGACGCUUUUGCUGUCUGAUAACAAAUUCAGCGGCCUGCUACCAGAGACGCUCACCCAAUGCAAAGAGCUUCUCGUGUUAGCGUUGUCAAUCAAUCGUUUCCAGGGAAGUGUUCCUCGAGACAUAGACAGCUUGCAAAAGCUGCAGGAGCUCUAUCUCGGCGCUAACAACUUGACCGGCACAAUUCCUCGAACCAUCGGUAACAUGUCAAGCUUGCAUAUCUUGAACUUAGAUCGUACCCACAUCGGAGGUGACAUUCCACGUGAGAUAGGCAAUUUGGUCAAUCUGAAAGUAAUGAACCUUCAGUUUAAUAUGCUAACAGGCAAAGUUCCUCGAGAGGUUUUUAAUAUCUCUUUGCUCCAAGUGCUCGGUUUGACGGACAAUUCACUCUCUGGAAGCCUUCCCUCAGGUGGCGAUCUAAGCCUUCCGAAUUUGGAAGAACUCUAUCUAGCCAAUAAUAGCUUUGGUGGCAACAUACCGCAGUCUUUCUCGAAUCUUUCAAACCUAAUCUUUUUCGAUGCCGGGUUCAAUCAACUCAGCGGACCAAUACCGACAAGUUUGGGCAACUUAAGGAACCUCAGACACUUUGCGGUUCAGUCAAAUCAGCUAACAGGUGAGACUUAUGGUGCGGAGCUCGGUUUUCUCUCAGCUUUAUCGAAUUGCCAAUCGCUGCGAACCUUGGUUCUGCAACAUAACCCGCUUGGCGGCUUCAUACCUACAAAUAUCAAAAACUUCUCCAGUUCCCUACAAACUCUAUUCGCUCCCAAUUGUCAAAUAAGAGGUCACAUUCCCAAGGAAUUGGGUUUCUUGAAGAGCUUGACUUUCCUACAGUUGAGCAAUAACGAUCUAGACGGCAACAUCCCAUCAUCAAUCGGAGGACUACAACGCUUGCAAAGGCUGCAUCUUGUUAACAACCAGCUUGAAGCACCGAUCCCCGAUGAGAUAUGCAACUUGACAAGUUUAGGAGAGUUAAUGCUCCAACAAAAUAGGAUAUCGGGAUCGAUUCCAAAUUGCAUUGGAAACCUGAGGAGCCUUCAAAAUUUUCUCGUAAGUUCGAAUAAUAUGACAUCGGUUAUACCGGUUAGUCUGUGGAGCCUCCAACAACUCAUCUUCCUCAAUCUAUCUCUCAAUGCUUUCAGUGGAGGACUACCACUCGAAAUGGGAAAAAUGACAGCUAUAGAGAGCAUCGAUCUUUCUUGGAACCGGCUUACUGGCGCCAUACCGAGUUCCAUCCAGGAGUUGAAGAGCCUCGCUUGUCUCAACUUGUCAAGGAACUCAUUUCGAGGAUCAAUACCGCAAUCGAUCGGCGACCUUAAAGGAUUGGAUUUCCUCGAUCUCUCCUACAAUGAGUUAUCCGGCACGAUACCCGAGUCCAUGGAAGGACUAAAAUAUAUGCAAAACUUGAACGUGUCCUUUAAUAAUCUAUCUGGAGAGAUUCCUAGCGGAGGACCAUUCAGAAAAUUUUCGACUCUCUCUUUCAUCGGGAAUCGAGCUGUUUGUGGAAAUGCGAUUUUUCAUGUCUCACCUUGCAAAGUAAAGGGAAAGAAGUCAUCAAAGGUCAAGCCGCUCCGGUGCCAGUUAAAGCGUCGGAACACUAGGAAAGAAGUUCCGGUUUCCGUGGAAAAUGCGCCCGGAAUUGACCACCCGAUGAUAUCAUAUCAUUAUCGGGAGCUUUGCUCUGCUACUGACAACUUCAGCGAAAGCAAUUUGCUCGGAGCAGGAAGCUUUAGCUCUGUAUACAAAGGGACUACGGCCAAUGGGAUAGACAUCGCGGUCAAAGUACUAAAUCUCCAUAUCGAAGGCGCUGUGAAAAGUUUCGACGCAGAAUGUGAGGUCUUUCGGAAGGUCGGGCACCGGAAUCUUGUCAAGGUGAUCAGCACCUGCACGAACCCUGAUUUGAGAGCUCUAGUGCUGCAAUAUGUGCCCCACGGGAGCUUGGAGAGGUGGCUUUACUCCAACAACUAUAACUUGGGUCUCCAUCAGCGAGUGAAGAUAAUGGUCGACGUCGCAGUGGGGAUCGAAUAUCUCCACCAUGGCCAACCGGAACCCAUUGUGCACUGUGAUCUAAAGCCUAGCAAUGUUCUUCUAAACGAGGACCUGGUCGCCCAAGUCUGCGACUUUGGAAUCGCGAAGAUUUUGGCUGAGAACAAGCUUGAAACACAGACCCGAACUCUCGGCACGAUUGGUUACCUUGCUCCAGAGUAUGGUCUGGAAGGAAAAGUCUCGACAAAAGGAGAUGUUUACAGCUUCGGAAUAUUGCUGUUGGAAGUGAUUACUAAGAAGAAGCCAACCGAUGAAAUGUUCGAUGCGGAUAUGAGCUUGAGGCGAUGGGUAGGUGCAGCGAUUCCAGGCAGAGUGCUUGACAUCACGGAUUGCGAACUCCUUAGCACGGAACAUGAAGAUCUGACGCUUUUGGAACUCGAGAGCAUAGUCUCAUCGAUCCUAGAGUUGGGACUGGAAUGUUCAAAGGACUUGCCUGAGGAAAGAAUGGACAUGGGUGCUGUCGUGGUUAAGCUCAACAAGAUCAAGUUGUCACUUCCUUGA